AGUCUCCAGUCCCCGCCUCCAUGGGAGGGGCCACAGAAGGAGGAUAUUAACGCAGUAGCGUUCGGAGUGAAUAGGAAGACCUACUAUUGUAACAAGAAGUCAUGGUGAAGUGCAUAGCAAUAGUUCUGUCAGGGUGUGGGGUCUACGAUGGGACAGAGAUCCACGAGGCGUCUGCUGUGCUGGUCCACCUCAGCAGGGCUGGAGCUAAGGUCCAGAUGUUUGCCCCUGACGUGGAUCAGAUGCAUGUGGUGAACCACUGCGAGGGGAAACCCACGGAGGAGAAACGCAACGUCCUGCAGGAGAGUGCUCGUAUCGCCCGCGGUGACGUGUCAGAUCUUACCAAACUGGACAUCACCGCUUUCGACGCCCUCGUCAUCCCAGGUGGUUUUGGCGUGGCCAAGAACCUUUCUGACUGGGCUGUGAAGGGGAAGGAGUACACAGUUCAGCCCCAGGUAGAGAAGCUGAUUAAGGGGUUCCACGAAGUAGGCAAGCCCCUGGCUAUGUGCUGCAUCUCCCCUGUCCUGGCUGCUAGGGCCCUGCCGGGAUGUGAGAUCACUGUGGGACAGGACAACGAGUGUGAGAGAUGGCCCUAUGCCCAGACGGCAACCACCAUGACUGAGCUGGGCUGUAAACACGUGAAUAAGAAUGUGGGGGAGGUGCACGUCGACGUAAAGAACAAGCUGGUCACCACCUCUGCCUUCAUGUGUAACGCUCCAAUACACGAGGUGUUUGAUGGGGUGGGUGUCAUGGUUACAGAGCUGCUCAAACUGGCCUAGAAAGUCUGGGAAUCAGAAUGCUGAUUUUGUUUUUGUCCCAAAUGGCACUCUAUUCCCUUGUUAUAGUGCUUAUGGGCCUUSAUCAAAAGAAGUGCACUGUAUAGGAUGUKAUUUAGGACUCUCACUUAGAAUCAUGUUUGUUGUUUUCCAGGAGACCAUCCUGAACUGAUUUGACUAGUGUCACUUACUGGAUUGUUUAGAAAGCUGAAACAGACAUCAGAAGCUACAUGUUUCUGUUGCACCAUAUGUACUGUGAUCUGUGCUACUAUUUAAAAUUGUAAUAAAAGUGAUGUAAAACAAUCAA